AUGGACAUCAAGAAUGUGUUAGCCUGCCCCAAUAAAGUUUGUAGAAUUUGUUUUUGUGAAGCUCAAGCUCAAAUACCACUAAAUAGUCAAUCCGAUGGUGAUACUCGAACUGUGUGUGAGCUAUUGUCAUUUCUUGCCGACAUAAAUAUAGACAUCGACUGCAGAAACCCCCUGCAAAUAUGUGUAGAAUGUUACUCGAUUCUAAACAAGGCUGUGCAGUUGAAAGAAAGAUGCAUCUUGUCAGAGAAUAUACUAAAAGAAGCUUUUCACGAGCUAGAAAAAGGCAAAGAUUUAGUAUCAACAUCACAAUAUACUUCUACUAUAGAUUCAAAAACACUGCUUUAUCCUGUAGAUUCAGAAUAUGAUUCAUUUAACCAUAAUUUAGAUAAGAUAUCAAUUGAUGACUUUGAUUCAAAGGAACUGGUCCAUACAGAUAUUGUAGGCUUAUCUAAGACUGAAACGCAAUUAGAUAUUAAGGAAGAAAUGAAUACUGACACAGAUUUCAACAACUGUGGUAGUGUAGAAAAUCAUAAGAUGUUAGAUUCGGAUUUUUAUAAUAUAAAUAGUUUGGAAAAUAAUAUUUUAACAUGUGAAUGUAACUUAAAAUUUACAUGUGAAAACGAGUAUAAAAGUCAUUCUGAACAAUGUAAAAAACCAAAUUUACUAGUAAAAGCAAAAGAUACUCUAUAUUGUAAAAAGUGUAAUAUACAAUUGCCUGAUCAGAAAUCAUAUACUGAACAUACAAAACAUCAUAAUGUUAAGUUAAAAAAACCUCAAGGCCCUAAACGGUUGUUUAAAUGUAAUAAAUGUAUGAGAAAGUUUACUCAUGAGUCUUCACUUCAUACACAUUUGUUAAAACACGAAGAAGGUGUUCAGAUGAAGUUUAUUUGCAAAAGUUGUAAGCGAGAGUUCAAACAUCAAGCUCAUUUAGAUAAUCAUAUACUCUUAGUUCAUACAAGGGAUAGAGGCUACAGUUGUGAUUGUUGUGAUAAAAACUUUACCACACUGGAAGCUUUGCAUGUCCAUAAAGAGGUGCACAAAGUUGAAAAGAAGCAUCAAUGUCAUAUAUGCAAUAAAUCUUUUAUAAUGAUGUCAUCUUUGACUGAUCACUUAAGGACACAUACUGGAGAGAAGCCAUUUUUGUGUUCAACUUGUGGAAAGGGAUUUUCACAAAAAACAAAUUUAGAGCAACAUAUAAGGAGACAUUUGGGGUUGAAGCCAUUUGAAUGUGAAAAUUGUGAUAAAAGAUUUGUAUCGAAAGGUGAACUCACAGCACAUUUACGAAAACACAGUGGUGCACAUCCAUUUGUCUGUGAUGACUGUGGUAACGGUUUUACCACUUCAAGCUCGCUAGUCAAACAUCGUCGGACACAUACAGGGGAACGGCCAUUUUCAUGUGAUAUGUGUAACAUGAAGUUUGCUGCUUCAGGAACGCUAAAAAAUCAUAGGCGUACCCAUACUGGAGAGAAACCUUACAAAUGCUCUUUAUGUGAUAAAGCAUUUGUACAAAAGCAAGAUUUAACAGCUCAUGUAAGAUGCCAUACUGGUGAAAGGCCAUAUGUGUGUUCAAAUUGUGGACAAGCAUUCCGGAAAGCCUCAGGACUUAAGGUUCACUUAAAAAUACAUGGGAAGGAAGGUGAUUUACUACAAGGGAUUCAUGUGUCAUGA